AUGUCUGGUGAAAAGAUCCUCGAAGGCGUACUCGCCGUCCACAAGCCGCAAGGCGUAACCUCCGCCGACGUGAUCCGCACUUUGCAAAAACACUUCAACCCCUCCAAUACAUUCAGACCAUGGCUAGAAGAGGAACGCGCCCGCCGCGAUCGUGAGAGUCAAUUCCAGCGCAAACGCCGUCGCCACCAACGCCUCGACGUCAAGAUCGGCCACGGCGGAACCCUAGACCCUCUCGCGACAGGCGUGCUCAUCACCGGAGUUGGAAAGGGCACAAAGUGCCUCCAGGAUUUCUUGGCCUGCACCAAGAGCUACGAGACCAUUGUCACCUUUGGCGCGGAGACGGACACCUACGACCGCCUUGGAAAAAUCGUGCGUCGCGCGCCCUACGAACAUAUCACGCGCGAGGCAGUCGAGAAGGCGCUGGAACAGUUCCGUGGUAAUAUCAUGCAGAAGCCGCCCAUUUUCUCCGCUUUGCGGGUUAAUGGAAAGAAGCUAUACGAGUAUGCGCGCGAGGGCAAGGUACCGCCGAUUGAGAUUAAGCACCGGCCUGUUGAGGUUUUGAACAUGGAGGUUGUGGAGUGGUAUGAGCCUGGCACGCAUGAGCACAAAUGGCCCGAGGAGGAGAUGACUGGCGAUGAGAAGGCUGUCGCCGAGAAGCUUCUUGAUCAGGAAGCUUCGGCACCUGCGCCAGCGGCUGAAGAUGACGCUACGAGCCAAGUUCCUGAAGCUUCUUCUACCAAGCGGAAGUCGCCACCCCCCGGCGGACGAGAGGUCCCUGCAGUCCCUGCAGAUGAGCCUAAGCCCCAGCCUCCGGCGGUGAAGAUCAAGAUGACUGUUACCUCAGGCUUCUAUGUCCGCUCGCUGGCACAUGAUCUGGGUAAAGCUGUCGGUAGCUGUGCUCUGAUGAGCGAGCUAGUGCGCAGUCGUCAAGGUGACUAUGAACUCUCUUCCGACAAGGUUCUGGAGUACAAGGACCUUGACGCCGGCGAAGAGGUCUGGGGACCGAAGGUGGAGAAGUUCCUGUCAGAGUGGGAGGAGAAGAGAGGUGCCAAGGUUGAAUCCGAAGCAGCUCAAUAG